CUUUAAAAAAGGGCAAAACAUUUGUCCAAAGAAGGAAGCUGUAAAAUAUUGACAGGUUCCUGCUGAGCCACAUGUAAAGAUGAGCGUCCCAGACUACAUGCAGUGUGCCGAGGACCACCAGACGGUUCUAGUGGUGGUCAAGCCGGUGGGUAUCGUCCCCGAGGACCAAUUCUUCAAGAUCUACAAACGCAUCGCCAGCGUGAGCCAGGUGAACAUCAGGGACUCUCAGCGCCUCCUUUACAUCCGCUAUCGCCACCACUACCUGCCGGAAAACAACGAGUGGGGGGACUUCCAGACGCACCGCAAAGUGGUGGGCCUCAUCUCCAUCACCACAUGCAGCUCGAUCAAGGACUGGCCCCAGACUUCCGAGCGUUUCCACGGGCAGAAGGAGGUGUACAGCUCCACGCUGUACGACUCGCGGCUGCUGGUGUUCGGGCUGCAGGGAGACAUCGCCGAGCAGCAGCGCACAGACGUGGCCUUCUACCCCAGCUUUGAAGACUGUCCCGAUGUGGAGAAGAGGGUGGAUGACUUUGUGGAGUCCAUUUUUAUUGUGUUGGAGUCCAAGAGGCUCGACCGGGCCACAGACAAGUCAGGUGACAAGACCCCUCUGCUCUGUGUGCCCUUUGAGAAGAAGGACUUUGUGGGUUUGGACACGGAUAGCAGGCAUUAUAAGAAGCGAUGCCAGGGCCGGAUGAGGAAGCACGUCGGGGACCUGUGUCUGCAGGCGGGAAUGCUGCAGGACGCCCUGGUCCACUACCACAUGUCUGUGGAGCUGCUCAGGGGGGUCAAUGACUUCCUGUGGCUGGGGGCUGCACUUGAGGGCUUGUGUUCAGCCUCGGUCAUAUUCCACUACCCAGGAGGCACGGCGGGGAAGACUGGGGGACGCAAGCCGAGCAUCUCUCAGCUGGCAGACAGCGGGAAACGCCACCGACCAGGGGCUCAGGAGGUUCUCAUUGACCCAGGAGCCCUCACAGCCAACGGCAUCAGUGCCGACACCAGCACUGAGAUCGGCCGGGCCAAGAACUGCCUGAGCCCUGAGGACAUCAUCGAGAAAUACAAGGAGGCGAUCUCCUACUAUGGGAAGGUAAUGAAACGCGGCGUGAUCGAGCUGGAGGCCUGCGUGAAGGCCGUCCGGGUGCUCGCCAUUCAGAAGAGGGCGAGGGAGGCCUCCGAGUUCCUGCAGAACGCCGUCUACAUCAACCUGGGACAGCUGACAGAGGAGGAGAAGAUCCAGCGCUACAGCAUCCUGUCCGAGCUCUACGAACUCAUCGGCUUCCAUCGCAAGUCGGCCUUCUUCAAGCGCGUGGCGGCCAUGCAGUGUGUGGCCCCCAGCAUCUCGGAGCCUGGCUGGAGGGCCUGCUACAAACUGCUGCUGGAGACUCUGCCCGGAUACAGCCUGUCAUUAGACCCCAAAGACUUCAGCAAAGGAACCCACCGAGGCUGGGCGGCUGUUCAGAUGCGCCUCCUUCACGAGCUGGUGUACGCGUCCCGGCGCAUGGGCAACCCUGGGCUCUCUGUGCGCCACCUCUCCUUCCUGCUGCAGACCAUGCUGGACUUCCUGUCUGAUCAAGAGAAGAAAGAGGUUACCCAGAGUCUGGAGAACUACACCUCCAAGUGUCCGGGAGGCAUGGAGGUCAUCACGCUUCCUGAUGGCCUGAAGCUCCCCCCCGUGCCCUUCACAAAGCUCCCCAUCGUGCGAUCAGUGAAGCUGCUCAAUCUGCCCGUCAGCCUGCGUCCUCACAAAGUGAAAGGCCUGCUGGGACAGAACAUGUCCACCGCCAGCCCCUUCAUCUACUCGCCCAUCAUCAUGCACAACAGAGGAGAGGAGCGCUGUAAGAAGAUCGACUUCCAGUGGGUCCAAGGAGAUGUUUGUGAAGUUCAGCUCAUGGUCUACAACCCCAUGCCGUACGAGCUUCGCGUGGACAACAUGGGUUUGCUGACAUCUGGAGUGGAGUUUGAAUCCCUGCCUGCCGGGCUCUCUCUACCUGCAGAGUCUGGCCUCUACCCCGUCACUCUGGUUGGCAUCCCGCGAACAGCUGGCAACAUCACUGUCAAUGGUUACCACACGUCGGUGUUUGGUGUGACCAGUGACUGCCUGUUGGAGGGUCUUUCCAGUGUGAAGACCAGUGGCUGCUUGGUGGAGGUCAUCCCCUCCCUGCCACGUCUCCAGCUCAGCACAUCUCUACCACGGUCGGCUCACACGCCUCAGCCGACGUCCAAAGAGGAACUGUCGAGCACCGUGUCCCUCCAGCUUUUCAACGGAGAGACGCAGCAGCUCACCAUCACCCUGGAGAACAUCGGAUCUGAGGACAUCGAGUCUCUGGAGCUCACCUCUAAGACCAUCACCACCAAAGAGAAAGUGUUCGGGGAGUUUCUGAGCUGGGAGCUGGAGGAGGCGUUGUCUCACCUCCCUCUGAAGUGCGGCCAGGCGCUGACGCUGACCGUCAACAUCAAAGUGAAGCUGGACUUUUCCGGCCAGGAGAGCCUUCUGCAGGACCUCAACGACGAUGGGAUCAGCGUGACGGGCCUGCCAAUCUCCAGUCCGCUGCGCCAAGUCCUCAAACCCCGCUCCGAAAGCAAGACUGUCAGCAGCGAGUCUGGCAAGGCGGAGUACAGCCACAUUAAGACGUUGGAAGCAGUGCUGAACUUCAAGUACUCGGGGGGAGCGGGCAAAGUGGAGGGCUACUACCGGGAGCUGUCCUUGGGAAUCCAUGUUGACGUGGAGCCGUCUGUAUUCUUCACCAGAGUCAACACCCUGCCUGCAACCAGCACCCGUCAGUGUCACCUCCUGCUCGACAUCUUCAACCCGACGGAGCACGAGCUCACCGUCAGCGCCAAGAACAACCAGGACCUGGUUCUCCACGCCAGCGAGUGCCAGAGGAUGGCAAUCCAGGUGGAUAAGUUUGACUUUGAGAGUCUGCCACAGCCGGACCAGGAGACGGCUCGCUUCACCAACCCCAAACAGCUGGAGGAGGAGCGCAAGCAUGCCCAGGGCUGCCAGAUCAACAGCAAUCUGGGCAUCUGUUGGAGCAUCCCGUCCCUGCGGCGCCGUGGAGAGGCCAGUGUGGAGGGAGUCCUCAACCAGCUGGUCCUGGAGCACCUGCAGCUUGCUCCUCUACAAUGGGAUGUGCUGGUGAACGGGAAGCCGUGUGACUGCGACGUCAUUGCCGACUGUAAAGCGGGCGACGCAGUGUCCCUGGAGGUGCAGCUGACCAACCUGAGCAAGAACUCUGUGGGCCCGCUGGCUCUGACCGUGGUGCCGUACCAGGACUACCAGAACGGAGUGCAGAACUACGACCUGGAGGACGCCGUCACCUUCAUCGGCUCCAACACCUUCUACAUCGACACGGUGAAACCCAAAGAAAGCUCUGUCUGUGUGGGAGCCCUGCUCUUCCUCUACACCGGAGAUUUCUACCUGAACAUCAAGUUUCAGGACGACAGCGCCGGACGAGAGCUUCCUCUAGCCUGGUUCACUCUGCCCAGCGUCCACAUACGAGCCCUGGACCCCCCACAGCAGGCCGGGGCCUAGAGCCGUGGGGGUCUCUUUAAUUUACCUCUUGAUGAAGGAUGGAGAGUUGUUUCUAAAGGUCCCUGUAAAUACUACAUUCUUGAAUUGAAUCACAUGUAAAUAUCAUUAAUGGUUACAGUAAAGAGCAAGUCUCACGAGGACACACUCCUACACAGUCAGCCCAUACGUUAGCAUCUAGCUAAUAAUGCGGCUAACAUCUUCACAGUUGGCUUUUUUUAAACCACUUCUUAUUUUUUUUGAACCAAUCUUAACGGUUAAGACUCAAAUCAAUUCAUCCCACUUGUGGAGAACGGGUUUACCUUUUGCCUUUGUUUAAGGUUUAAAUUUGACACAGAAGUUCACGUGAAAAAUAACAAACCACACCAAAAUGCUAAAUGCUAAUAUUCACAGCAACGGUGAUAGACACUCCAAGCUAACUAAUUAUCUGUGUUGAACCUUCUCAAUUUAGCUGGUUAGCUGAUGGUCGAGACAAAAUACCUUGGCUCAGGUAAACAUAGGUACAUUUGUUACCUAGAUUAAAAGAUGUACACCCUGUAAGUCAAACAUGUUAGGAAUUGAUGCGUUCGGGGUGUUUUAGCUAGCUAGCUUGCUAACUGCUAGCUAGACUAGUCACAACGAACUGUAGCCAGGGCAUAAAAUGAAAGUAGUUACUACGUCUUCAAGCUUUCAGUACCAACUUUUCAAGAGUACAGUUAUUCCAGAUGUACAGUUGUUGAGCUGGCAAUAUAGACAAGAAAUGAUCUACUGAAAGAAAGCUAGAAGAGUUAGCAUUCCUGGACAGAAGACGUCAGAUCCCUGAUUGAGACUGAAGAAGAGGAUAUGAAAAACCAACACUGGAAAUGUGGUUAGCUAUUUAUUCACACCAAAACCUAUUUAUUUCUGCUGCUGUAUUGAUCUUCUCUCUGUGCCACCUCAUUGUAUACUGAUGAAUCCUACUGUCUUAGAUCAGCCUGUCAUUACGUGCGACAUAUAACUGUUGUAAAUAAAAGCUUAAAGAAUCAAA